UGAACUCUCCCUCCUCCCUUGGACCUCGAAGCACUUCUAUCACACCCGCAUCCCCUCACUCCUCCUCCUCUCUGAAAAAUAACAACAAUAAUGGGAGAGGACACGAGACCGAGCGUGAGACUGUUCGGCUUCGCGGUAACGGAACCCGGGGAGGACGACCACCGCGGCGGCGGCAGCGUGGAGGGCGGGCGGAGGUUCGAGUGCCAGUACUGCCGCCGGGAGUUCGCCAACUCCCAGGCUCUGGGAGGCCACCAGAACGCCCACAAGAAGGAGCGCCAGCGGGCGAAGCGCGCGCAGUUCCACGCAGCCCGCCGCUUCGCCCUCCCCGCCCCCCACCAUCCACUCGCCCGCGCCGCCUUCUGGUGCCCCUCCGCCGCCACCUCGACACCGCCCUUCCCCGCUCCGCCGCUCCACGUCCAGCUCUCCGCCUGGCCUUGCGCCCCUCCUCCUCCCUCGCCGCCCUGCGCCACCGGCCGGAGGGCCCCCGACGUCGACCCCGAGAUCGAUCUCCAUCUCAGCCUCGCCCCCUCCUCGGCUCCUUGAUUCUUUUCAUUCUAACUGUGAGAUGAGAUUGUGGGCAUUGUGG